UUCAAGCCCUCAGUCAGUUGUGCGGGAGAAAGGGGGCGGUCGGCUUUCUCCUUUCAAGAACGAGUUAUUUUCAGCUGCUGACUGGAGACGGUGCACGUCUGGGUACGGGAGCAUUUCCACUAUGGGACUGGAUACAGGCACACGCCCGGCGGACUUCAAGACGCUAAGACUGAGGAGAAAGCCCUUGCUGCUACUGCUGCCGCUGCUGCUUCUGAACAUCCACUCCUUUCAUGGUUUUUCCUGCCAAGCCAGAGGCACCUUCGCUGCUGCCGCCUUUCUCUGUGGUGUCAUUCAGCGGCUGGCCAGAGGAUGAGACUCCCCAAACUCCUCACUUUUUUGCUUUGGCACCUGGCUUGGCUGGACCUGGAAUUCAUCUGCACUGUGUUGGGUGCCCCCGACUUAGGCCAGAGACCCCCAGGAGCCAGGCCAGGGUUGGCUAAAGCAGAGGCUAAGGAGAGGACCCCCCUGGCACGGAAUAUCUUUAGGCCAGGGGGUCACAGCUAUGGUGGGGGGGCCACCAAUGCCAGGGCAAAGGGAGUCCCUGGAAAGACACAGGCCAAGAAGGAUGAAACCAGAAAGAUGCCCCCCAGAGCUGGUGGCCAGGAAACCAAGCCAGGACCCCCUCCCCAGACUAGACAGGCUGCAGCACGGACUGUAACCCCUAAAGGACAGCUUUCUGGGGGCAAGGCACCCCCAAAAGCAGGAUCUGCCCCCAGCUCCUUCCUGCUGAAGAAGGCCAAGGAACCUGGGACCCCUAGAGAGCCCAAGGAGCUGUUCCGCCCACCCCCCAUCACUCCCCAUGAAUACAUGCUCUCACUGUACAGGACGCUGUCCGAUGCUGACAGAAAGGGAGGCAACAGCAGCGUGAAGUUGGAGGCUGGCCUGGCCAACACCAUCACCAGCUUUAUUGACAAAGGGCAAGAUGACCGAGGUCCCGUGGUCAGGAAGCAGAGGUACGUGUUUGACAUUAGUGCCCUGGAGAAGGACGGGCUGCUGGGGGCUGAACUGAGGAUCUUACGGAAGAAGCCUUUAGACACAGCCAAGCCAGUGGUCCCCAGUGGCGGGCGGGCUGUCCAGCUGAAGCUGUCCAGCUGCCCCAGCAGCAGGCAGCCGGCAGCCUUGCUGGAUGUGCGCUCUGUGCCAGGCCUGGAUGGGUAUGGCUGGGAGGUGUUCGAUAUCUGGAAGCUCUUCCGAAACUUUAAGAACUCAGCCCAGCUGUGCCUGGAGCUGGAGGCCUGGGAGCGGGGCCGGGUCGUGGAUCUCCGUGGCCUGGGCUUUGAACGGGCUGCCCGACAGGUCCACGAGAAGGCCCUGUUCUUGGUGUUUGGUCGAACCAAGAAACGAGACCUGUUCUUUAAUGAGAUUAAGGCCCGCUCUGGCCAGGAUGAUAAGACUGUGUAUGAGUACCUGUUCAGUCAGCGGCGGAAAAGGAGGGCCCCACUGGCCACUCGCCAGGGCAAGCGACCCAACAAGAACCUCAAAGCUCGUUGCAGUAGAAAGGCCUUGCAUGUCAACUUCAAGGACAUGGGCUGGGACGACUGGAUCAUUGCACCCCUGGAGUACGAGGCCUUCCACUGUGAGGGACUGUGUGAGUUCCCCUUGCGCUCCCACCUAGAGCCUACAAACCAUGCUGUCAUCCAGACCCUGAUGAACUCUAUGGACCCUGAGUCCACACCACCCACCUGCUGUGUGCCCACACGGCUGAGUCCCAUUAGCAUCCUUUUCAUCGACUCUGCCAACAACGUGGUGUAUAAGCAGUAUGAGGACAUGGUUGUGGAGUCUUGUGGCUGUAGGUAGCAGCACUGGCCCUCUGUCUUCCAGGAUGGCACAUCCUGAGAACCCCUCCUCACACUCCUGGGAUCACAGAGGGGUUGUAAAACUGCAGCUGGAAGCAUCAGUACAGACUGCAGGAAAGGGGACUUCAGCAGCCUUGCUUAUUCUCUAAGUGCAAUUUGAGCUAAAGAUCCCCUUCCAUCUGCAAGUGCCCCAUCUGAGGAGUCCAGUCCUUCUGCUCCUCUGACUGGCAGGGAUAGCUCCAGCAGACAGAGUUUGAAUGGGACUGAGACCCAGGAGAGAUGUUCUUCAAUGAGACUUAGCCCACCAUCUUUCCUCAUCUGGGCUUCCUCAGUCUCCAAACUGUCCCGAGGGGCUGGUGCUAGCCUAAGCACUUCCUGGGAGAGCCAUAGGUGCCAUCUCCUCUUUGAAUCACCUUUGUGCCUGGACCAAGGAGGGAGAG